AUGAAAGUAGAAGAUACCGUGAUCUUGAUUUCUUCGCUCUGACAAUUCCAAGUCGCUGGCAAAUCGGAACGGAAAAUGUCUUCCUCUACCAAAAGCUACGAUGUGUUCAUUAGCUUCCGAGGAGAAGACACACGUGCCAACUUCACCAGUAAUCUCCAUUCGGCUCUGCAAAUUAAGAGUAUCCGUACAUACAUAGACUAUGAGCUUAAUAGAGGAGAUGAUGUCGAAGAAGCACUUCCCCAAGCAAUCCAAAACUCCGAGAUCUCGAUCGUCGUUUUCUCGGAAAACUACGCUUCAUCGAAAUGGUGCUUGAAAGAACUUGUUCAAAUUAUGAAUUGCAGAAAUUGUGAGGGGCAAGUUGUUAUACCUGUCUUCUACAAUAUUGACCCAUCGCACGUGCGGAACCAAACUGGUAGUUUUGAGAAAGCAUUUGCCACACACGUGCAAGAUCUCACAAGCAAUGAACCCUCACAGAUCGAAGACGAAGUUUCUAAGUGGAAAGAUGCUCUCCGCAAAGCUGCAAAUUUAUCUGGCUGGGAUUCUCGAACCUUUAUGAAUGAUUCUCAAGUCAUACAAAACAUUGUAAAUGAUGUCUUGCAAAAGUUAUACCUGAAAUACCCUAAUGAACUGCAAGGUGUUAUUGGAAUUGAAAAUUACUAUGAUGAAAUAGAACCAUUGCUCGAAAAUUUUCGAAGAAUUGGAAUUUGGGGCAUGGGUGGAAUAGGAAAGACAACCACUGCUAAAACAAUAUUUUCCAAACACUUCCCCAAAUAUGAUAGUGUAUGCUUCUUGUCAAAUGUAAGAGAAGAAUCACAGAGGCUCGGACUGACAUAUACACGAGACAAGCUUCUCUCUGAGCUACUAAAGGAACCGAUUACAACCUCAAAUUUUAGUGGAUCUGCAUUCAUGAGGAGGAGGCUUAGUAGUAAAAAAGUUUUCAUUGUACUUGACGACAUGGCUAGUUUUCGUGAUUUGGAUUAUUUGUAUGGAGAACUUGGUGACUUGGGAAACGGUAGUACACUCAUUGUAACAACAAGAGAUAAGCAUUUGCUUAAAGGAAGAGUUGACAAGAUAUGUGAGGUCAAGAAACGGAACUUUGAAGAAUCUCUAGAGCUUUUUUGCUUAGAAGCCUUCAAGCAAAGCAACCCUAAAAAGGGUUAUGAGCAUCUCUCAGAAAGGGCAGUUAAAUAUGCAGGAGGCAAUCCAUUAGCUCUAAAAGUUUUGGGUUCACAUUUUCAUUCAAGAAAAAUUGAAUUUUGGGAAUGUGAAUUGAGUAAUUUUGAGAAGAAGAAGGAAUCCUGUGACGAAAUUCUUGAAGUGUUACAAGUGAGCUAUAAUGCAUUACGAAACGGAGAGAAGGAAAUAUUUCUAGAUAUUGCAUUCUUUUUCAAAGACGAAGAUGCAGAUUUUGUCAUAAAGAUACUGAAUGCUUGUGGUUUCAAUGCUACUAGUGGUAUAGAAAUCCUUCAAGAUAAAGCUCUGGUAACUAUUUCAACAAGCAACAAAGUACAAAUGCAUGACUUGCUACAAGAACUGGGUUUGGAUAUAGUUCGAAAAGAAUUUAGUAAAGACCCUGGAAGACGUAGCCGACUGAGGAAUAUUGAAGAAGUUCGUGAUGUACUUAAAAAUAACAAGGGGACUGAUGCAGUUGAAGGAAUAACAUUAGAUUUGUCUGCAAAUGUAGAUUUGCAAUUUACUGCUGAUACCUUUAACAUGAUGUCUAAAUUAAGACUUCUUAGAUUAUAUGUUCCCUUGGGUAAGACGAGAUUAGCUAAUGUUGAACAUCCUGAAGUCUUUGACCGGUGUUCUGAUGAACUAAGGUACCUUGAGUGGAAUGGGUACCCUUUGAAGUCUCUUCCCCAAAAUUUUUGUGCUAUCUUUCUUGUUGAGAUUCGCAUGCCGCACAGCAAUGUUGAAGAGCUUUGGCAAGGGAUGCAGGAUCUGAUGAAUUUAGAGCAAAUUGACCUAAGUGAAUGCAAAAAGUUGGUGAUGCUCCCAGAUUUGUCUAGAGCAUCAAAACUUAAAACGGUGGUUCUCUCCGGUUGUGAAAGGUUGUGUGUUGUUCAUCCAUCUCUUUUAUCUGUGGACACACUUAAAACUUUGAUAUUGGAUAGGUGCAAAAAAUUGAAGAGUCUCAAAAGUAAAAAUCAUUUUAGAUUUUUGGAGGAUCUCAGUGUCAACUACUGUUCAAGCCUUGAGGAAUUUUCAAUAUCAUCAGAAUUAAUUAAACAAUUGGAUUUAAGCACGACAAGUGUAAAAAUAUUAGACUCAACAAUCGGUCGUCUAAGCAAGCUUGAGAAGCUGAAUUUAGAAGGUUUACAACUUAAGAAUCUUCCAAAUGAAUUAUGUUGUCUAAUAUCUCUUCAUGAGCUUAGGAUUUCUAAAUGUGGAAGUGUGAUUAACAAAGAGAUGCUGCAUGACCUAUGUGAUCGCUUAAGACUUUUAAAUGUACUACAUUUGAAGGAAUGUGAUAAGUUGUUUGAACUCCCUGACAACAUUAGUGAGUUGACAUUUUUACAUAAAGUAAGUCUCGAUGGAAGUAGUAUUGAGAGGUUGCCUGAAAGCAUCAAACAUCUUCCAAGGCUAGAGAUUUUGUCCUUACAGAAUUGUAGAAAGCUUCAGUUUCUACCUGAGCUUCCACCACUCAUCAAAACUCUUAAUGUUGGCAAUUGUAAAUCAUUGGUGACCGUAUCCCCUACAAAACAUUUUUCAGUCCACUUGAUCGAAAAGAAAUGCGUUUCAUUUGAGAAUGGAAUGAAACUGAGUGAAUUUUCACUCUGUUCAAUAAUGGAAGACGCCUUAUUUGUGAUGAAAAGUGUGGCAUUUCACGAUCUGUUAAAAAGAUAUAAUGGUUUUAAAGCCAACAGCAAAGUUGAGGUUUGUUUACCAGGAAAUAGUGUCCCACGUACGUUUACAUAUCGAACCACGGAGUCUUCCAUUACCAUUGGACUUGCUAAUCCUGACCAAUUUUCCCACUUGGUAGGCUUGAUGUACUCUAUUGUUCUUUCUCCAUCCCCUUGGAUGAAGCAUCAAGUUACUUUCAUCCGAUGUCAAUGCUAUAGGGCAGAUGGUACAAAGGUUGGAAAUGCCACUACAUGGCAACAUAAACCCAUCAGGAAAUUGAAUUCAGACCAUGUUUUUCUAUGGUAUGAUUGUUUUCAUUGGUACAACAUUUUCCAAGGACAUGCAAAAUUUCUUGUUAGCAAGACACAUGUAGAAAAUCUGCGUUUUCAGUUCUCUGUUAUACCUUAUAGAAGGGCAAGUAAUGACCAGAUCAGUAUAAAAGAGUGUGGGAUUCACCUAAUAGGUUCCUCAAGGUCAGAGUUUUACAAUUGCUUAUAUGAAUCAGACAUGACAUUGGAGUCCAAGAUUAUGUGUGGGUUGGAAUUUGACAUAGCACAUAGAUUUAGGGAAGUGGAUUGGAGAUUAUAUUGUGCAUUGCGGUAUAAUGAUUUUGCAACAGAUGCAGAGGUUAAAAAAGAGCAAGAGUCAAGACGUAGAGCAAUGUUAUGGGCAACUAAAAAGUUAAAUGAAAAAAAAGCAUGGUACAAGGACAGCCACUGAAUCUAGAAUACAAAUGGAGUGAAAAAUAUUCCGUUUCCCAUGACUACAAGAUAUCUUAAUGUUCUUCUGAAGAUUAAUCAGCUAUUAGUGAAGCCCACGUUUUUUGGUGCAAUGGUGAUAAUAUGAUCCAGUUACCAAGGCACAGAAGGAAAGUUAAAGAAAAAGGGAAAAGAAGCUUAAGUACCAUUCCUGUGAUACAACAGCAUAGUAGCAUGAAGACGAAUUUUCUUAUGAAAUUCUGUUCUUUUUACGAUGUUAACUUAGCAAUUUUAUUCUUGGCAAAUUCU